AUGGAGUGCUGGAGUCAUGACAGCCUGCUGCGGAACAAAACCUUGGGCAUUGCCUCUCUGGAGUCACUGCCGGCAGAACUCUUCCUGCCCUUGUUCCUGGAGGCUGUUGCUGGGAGACACAGCGAGACUCUGAAGGCAAUGGUGCGGGCCUGGCCCUUCAGCCACCUUGCCCUGGGGGCUCUGAUGAAGGCUCAGCAGCCUCAGCAGGACAUCUUAAAAGCUGCGCUGGAUGGGCUCGAUGACCUGCUUGCCCAGAACAUCCGCCCCAGAAGAUGGAAACUGCAAGAGCCGGAGUCCGCCCAGCUUAAGACGAAGAGGCCAAAAGUGGACAACUCAACGAAGGAGAAGAAACAGCUCUUGGCCCCUGUGCAGGUGCUGCUAGAAGACUUUUGUCUCCAGAAAGCCACCCCCGAUGAAUUCUUCACCUUCCUCAUGAAGAGGGUCAAGCAGGGAAAAGGUCUGCCACAGCUGUGCUGUAGGAAGCUGGAGUUUCUUGAUAUGCCACUCGGACACAUUCAGAAGAUCCUGAGAAUGGUGCAGCUGGACUGUAUCCAUGAGGUGGAAGUGAAUGGCCACUGGGACCUGCUCACCCUGGCCAGCUUUGCUCCUCACCUGAGCCAAAUGGUGAAUGUGAGCAGACUGCGUGUCUCUCACAUCAUGACCAUCUCCUUCAUUCCCUGGGCGACGGAGGAAGUGGAGAAGCUACUUUCCCAAUUUAGCGCUCAGUUGCUCAGUCUGCACCAGCUCCAGAAGCUCCACCUGGACUCUGUCUUCUUCCUGGAAGGCCGCCUAGACCAGGUGCUCAGGUGCCUGAAGAGCCCUUUGGUGACCCUCUCGCUGACUAAUUGCUUGCUUUUGGAGUCCGACUUGACCUACCUGGCGUCCUGCCUGAACACCAGCCACCUAAGGUACCUGAAUUUGAGUGAGGUCAACAUGAUGGCCUUAAGUCCCGAGUUCCUCCAAGUUGUGCUAGAGAGAGCCUCAGCCACCCUCCACCGCCUGGCAUUAGAUGGGUGCGGGAUCAGGGACUCCCAGCUCAUGUCCAUCUUGCCUGCUCUGGCCCACUGCUCCCAGCUCCCCAGCUGUAGCUUCCGUGGAAAACUAGUCUCUGUGGUGGCCGUGGAGAGCCUGCUGCGGCACACAGUCCUGCUGAGCAGGUUCAGACUCAAACUUUUUCCUGUUCCUCAGGAGUGCUAUGUGGGCCUCCAAGGCACCGUCGACCUGGGCAAUCUUCGAUGCUCUCUGGCCGAGCUGAGACUGAUACUGCAGGCCUUAGGGCGGCCCAAUUCGGUCUUAUUGUUCAGCGACAGCACCUGUACCUAUGAUGUGAUUCUUCUCUAUUCUGUGACCUGA